UACGGCCGCGGAUCGGGUAGUCAUUCAGGACACGGAGCGCCCCGGCCGCGCACAACAGGAAUCAUGAAGAUAUUGGCGUUAUUGGCGGUGGUCGCUCUGGUGCGGGCCGAUGGCGGCUCCCAUGGCGCCGUUCACGACGGCUUCCACGGGGACGACGACUUCGGCGACUCCUACACCAGCUACGAGGGCCAGCAGGGCUUCGUCGGCGGCGCCGGACGCCAUGGCGGCGGCGGCGGCGCCGGCAGCUUCGUGAGCGGCGGCGGCGGGUUCGGCGGCGGUGGCUACGCCCAGGACCCGUACCAGGGCGGCGGCGGCGGCGGCUACGUCGCUGACCAGUACCAGACCGGCCACGACGUCGGCUACGCCUCUGGACCGUACUACGAGGAGGGUGGCCACGACGUCGGCUACCGGCACGGCGGCCACCAGUUCGAGUACGUCUCGGCCGUGGGCGCCGGCGGCGGCAAAGGCAAGGGCAAGGGAGGCGGCGGCGGCUACGGCGGCGGCUACGGCUACGAGUACCCCGUCGAGAUCCCGCUCUACCGCAAGGUGAACGGCAAGGGCAAGGGCAAGGGCAAAGGCAAGGGCUCCGGCCACGGCCUGUCCAGCUACCUGCCCAAGUUCCCCGUUCUGAAGAGCGAGGUGCUUUACUAUCCCAUCAACAUUCCCAUCUACUCGCUCUUCGGCAAGGGCAAGGGCAAAGGCAAGGGCAAGGGAGGCUCCGGCGGCAAGAAGAAGAUCGUCAAGUACACGGAGUACUAUGACGGCGGCUAUGGCGGCGGCUACGGCCACAGUGCGGGCGGAUACGGCGGCCAGAGCGCGGGCUAUGCAGCCCCCGCUGGAGGCUACGGGGCCCCCGCUGGAGGCUACGGAGACGACUACGGGUACGCGCAGACCGGCGGCUACGGCGGUGGCUACUCGCAAGACGGCUACUAGAAGCUGCCCGCCGGCCAUCAGUCUAUUUACCGGCGACGCGCAGUCUUCCUGGCAUGGCCAAUCAAAACGGGUCCCUCCGAUCGCCGCGCGCGCUCGGAGAGACCCGAACUCAUUGUUAUGCUCGUAAGUACAAUGUACUUCGGUAGGCACUUGUACUUGUUGAUUCCAAUGUGAUAUUGGUGAUUUCUUGCGGCCUAGGCUCUAUCACAGUUAAUGCUCAUGCGCCAAUCUUGCGUAGUUUUUUUCUAUGAAGUGUAGCGAAAGUCUAUUUAAAUGGAUUGCAAGUCAGCAUCUUCAUGCCUCC